CGGAUAAAGGCUGAGGGCCGCCCGCUUGGCCCAGACCGGCCCGGCCAGCGCGCAUUCGGCCCCGGACGAAGGUACUCGCAGCACUUGGAGCGCAGAACCGGCCGCGCCCGAUCCUCCGAGCGGCGGCGACGGCUGUUGCUAAGGGAGGGGACGCGCGAGGAAGCGCGACCCGGGCGGCAGACGGCACCCAGCGCCACCAGCCGAGCGGCGCCCCCUCCCCAGGACCCUUCCCCGCGCCGCGUCCCGGUCGCGCCCGCCGCCCUCUGAAGGAGAAGCAAGUGCCGUCCCCACCCCCGGAAGGCGCCCCCAGGAGCCGGAGCGACCUCGGAGCGCCACUCGGAUUUUGGAUUUCGGUCUCGCAUUCCGCGGCCGGGACUUUCUCGAGGAGGACGCGCGCUGCUCCGCGCCCCCGAGUGCCCGGAGGACCCGGCAUCCGGGGAGCCUCUCGCCCGUCCCGGAGGCGCGGCGAGGAUUGGCGGCGCCCGCCGCCCCCAGCCCCCCAGCGCGCGCCGGGGAUGGAGCCGCAGCCCGGCGGCGCCCGGAGCUGCCGGCGCGGGGCCCCCGGCGGCGCCUGCGAGCUGGGCCCAGCGGCCGAGGCGGCGCCCAUGAGCCUGGCCAUCCACAGCACCACGGGCACCCGCUACGACCUGGCCGUGCCGCCCGACGAGACGGUGGAGGGGCUUCGCAAGCGGUUGUCCCAGCGCCUCAAAGUGCCCAAGGAGCGCCUGGCUCUUCUCCACAAAGACACCCGGCUCAGUUCGGGGAAGCUGCAGGAGUUCGGCGUGGGUGAUGGCAGCAAGCUGACCUUGGUACCCACCGUGGAAGCGGGCCUCAUGUCUCAGGCCUCAAGGCCGGAACAGUCCGUGAUGCAAGCCCUCGAGAGUCUCACGGAGACGCAGCCCCCAGCGGCGCCCGGGCCGGGCCGGGCUGGCGGAGGAGGCUUCCGGAAAUACAGAUUCAUUUUAUUUAAGCGUCCGUGGCACCGACAGGGACCCCAGAGCCCAGAGAGGGGCGGCGAGAGGCCCCAGGUCAGUGACUUCCUGUCGGGCCGUUCGCCACUGACACUGGCCUUGCGUGUGGGCGACCACAUGAUGUUCGUGCAGCUGCAGCUCGCGGCCCAGCACGCUCCACUGCAACACCGCCAUGUGCUGGCCGCCGCAGCCGCCGCCGCUGCUGCGCGGGGGGACCCCAGCAUAGCCUCCCCCGUGUCCUCGCCCCGCCGGCCGGUGUCCAGUGCCGCCCGAGUCCCCCCGGUGCCCACCAGCCCGUCCCCUGCAUCUCCCUCGCCCAUCACAGCCGGCUCCUUCCGGUCCCACGCAGCCUCCACCACCUGCCCAGAGCAGAUGGACUGCUCCCCCACGGCCAGCAGCAGUGCCAGUCCUGGUGCCAGCACCACGUCUACCCCAGGGGCCAGCCCUGCCCCCCGCUCCCGAAAACCCGGCGCCGUCAUCGAGAGCUUUGUGAAUCACGCCCCGGGGGUCUUCUCAGGGACCUUCUCUGGCACGCUACACCCCAACUGCCAAGACAGCAGCGGGCGGCCGCGGCGUGACAUCGGCACCAUCCUGCAGAUCCUGAACGACCUCCUGAGCGCCACCCGGCACUACCAGGGCAUGCCCCCUUCGCUGGCCCAGCUCCGCUGCCACGCCCAGUGCUCCCCGGCCUCGCCGGCCCCUGACCUGGCCCCCAGAACUACCUCCUGCGAGAAGCUCACCGCCGCCCCAUCAGCCUCCCUGCUGCAGGGCCAGAGCCAGAUCCGCAUGUGCAAGCCCCCGGGGGACCGGCUUCGGCAGACAGAAAACCGCGCCACGCGCUGCAAGGUGGAACGGCUGCAGCUGCUUCUGCAGCAGAAACGGCUCCGUAGAAAGGCCCGGCGGGACGCGCGGGGUCCGUACCACUGGUCACCCAGCCGCAAGGCCGGCCGCAGCGACAGCAGUAGCAGCGGGGGCGGCGGCAGCCCCAGCGAGGCCUCCGGCUUGGGCCUCGACUUCGAGGACUCCGUGUGGAAGCCAGAAGUCAACCCUGACAUCAAGUCAGAGUUCGUGGUGGCUUAGGAUCUUCGGAUCGGCCACCCUCGCCCCUCGCACCCCAGCCCAGGGCGGCGGGGACUCCGAGAGCCCCGGAGAGAGCGUGGCCCAGCCCUGGAGGGCAGGCGGCCACUCCCCCAGCCAGAAGCCUUUUUUUCUUUUCUUCUUUUUUAUUAUUUUUUUCUUUUUUAAAAAAGUUCUGACCGUGGUUUCCUGGACUCUUCAUGGGCUUUGCUUCCUACCUCCUUCACCUUUCACUCCUAACCUCCUCUUCCUCCUCCUCCUCCUCCUCUGUCUCCUUUCACCUCUGCGCCGGGUCGGUCCUCCCUGCCAACCUUCCCCAGCUCCAAUAUGUAGCAGUCUCUCUGGAUGGCGGAGAGUGAAGGAGACGGAGAAACCCGCCCCAUCCCUUCCGCCGCCUCCUUUCCCCCCGACCCUAUUCAGGUUUUAAGUCAAAAAUGUCGAUAUGUCAUUAUGCACUUUACAGAUGAGGGGAGGGGCCGCAGCGCGCAGAACCCACCCCACCCCCCAGUGCAGACUUCGGGGUCUCCACCCCAGGCCAGCAGCGCCCACUGGGCUACAGCAAGCCAACAGGUCACAGAAGCCAACGAGGGGACUGUUUCUCUUCCACUCCUAUCCUCUUUUCUUGGUCUUUUUUUGCAUUUUCCUUCAUUUCUUUAACAAGGAGAGCAAAGCCGUUUUAGCAGAGAGGAUGGGGCUGGGGUCCACAUGGGGUUUGGGUGCAGGGGCAUGGCACCCUUUCCUGUCGGGAAGGGAGAGGGGAACUACCCCCCCAGCCUGCCUUCCGCCCCGCCCCAGCCGGCGGACUGUGCUGUUUCCUCCGCCCCCACCCCUGUGUUUUGUGACCUCCUGCCUGAGUUUGGGGUAUUUAUAGACUAUUAAUUUUCUGACUGAGCCAAUAGUGGUUGGGGAACUCUUGAAAAAGGGGAGAGAAUGGCUGCGUGCUGGGGAGUUCCCCCCUCCGAGCCCCCCUUCCCGGCCCAACCUGAGGGAUGUGGAUUUGGGACUGUCUGGGGGCCCCUCCCGCAGCCAGGAUGGGAGGGGGUGCUGAGCUGUGAAUCCCCUGGGCAGGGGGCAACAACUCCGUGUAGCAUUAACCCCCGUGGCAGGGGUCCGCUGCUGGUUUAAUUUGGACCCCCCGCCCCUCAGUGCCCCUGCCCUAGGGGUGUCUGUCUCCAGAGGGGAGAGACAAAUCCCCUACUGGGGCCAUUUCAAUGGGGUAGUUUUUGGAUUUUUUUCCCCACUCACUUCUUAUUUUUUAAUGAUAAUGCAGAUGUCUGGACCCUUCCUCACCCCACCUGUCGGUCUUGUCCUGGCUCUGCCUGUCCCCACCCCCGUUGUUCUCGUAGGUGAACCCCAGGUCCUCAACUCCCCCCUUUUAUAUGUUGAAAGUUAAUGGUUUCAGAUGUGAACAUCACGUGUUAUAACUGUAGCUCUGUAAAUUUUUUUGUGGGAGGGUGGGCAGGGAGGGGUCCCAGAGGGUAGAGCUCAAGGAUUUUGGGUUUUGUUUUGUUUUCGUUUUUCCAAAAAAAAAGAAAAAAAAAUAGAAAAAAAAGGAGAAAAAGGGGCGGGUUUGUUUUUUGAAGAACUGUCUUGGAUACCUAUUUAAAUGUGUGUUCUGUUUUGUUUUUUAACGAUUUUUAAAUAACGUCUGUGCCUCCACGGGUUGAGGGUGGAACCUCCAGGCAGGAACCGGCUCGCCACCCUCUGCCCGGUAAGGGCUGCCCAAGAAAGCAUUACCCGCCCUCGGGGGGUCGGGCUGUGGGGGUCCCGGCACCUGGCGUGAGUUUCAUGUAUGAAAACAUAAAAUUGAAAAAAAAAAAAAAAAUACACGAGCACCGUGAUUUCAAGUAAUAAACAGAAAAUGAAACACA